AUGGAGGCGAGGAUAUAUCGAACUAUGGAAGGAAAUGCCGAUACCUCUGCGGAAUUCCUCCUGCUUUGUGAUGAGGAUCCGCUAGGUGAAGCUGGUCCAAUUAGCACAAGCUCGUUUGCGAAAUCGAGCUUUCAAGUUUCAUUGAGCUCCACCGCAGUGCUGUUGACAUGGAUGAUGGGGGGAGCUUGUUUGGAGGAAUUUCAGCUGUAUAAAAGUACUGGAAAUGAGCUUAUUAUAGAGUCUUUCGAAUUUUUUGCUUAG